AUGAAGCUAUCCCACGUUACUGUCCUCGGUGCGAUCACCGGCCUUGCCCAAGCCACUCCCAUGGCCAAGCGCGCAGUCACCAAUGCGGACAUUCUCAACUAUGCCUUAACCCUUGAACACCUGGAAGCCACUUUCUAUGAGCAAGGCCUGAAGAAUUAUACUCAGGAAGCCUUCAUGAAAGCUGGCUACAAGGAUCCCUUCUACUCCAAUCUGAAGCAGGUUGGCAGUGACGAGAAAAUGCAUGAGGAAUUCUUGACCAAGGCCUUGAAGGCUGCUGGUGCCCACCCCGUGGAGCGAUGCACCUACUCGUUCCCCGCAACGGACCCCAAGAGCUUCUUGGCCCUGGCCAGUGUCUUGGAAGGUGUUGGAGUUAGUGCCUACCUAGGUGCCGCCGGCGAAAUCAUGAACAAGACCUACCUGACUGCUGCCGGCAGCAUCUUGACCGAUGAGGCCCGCCACAGCGCCUACCUGCGCGCCGCCCUGAAAAAGGUGCCUUUUGCCCAGCCGUUCGACAACCCCCUGGAUCUGAACGAAGUCUACACUGUGGCAUCUCCCUUCAUUGCCUCCUGCCCGUCCAGCAACGGGAAGCUUCCUGUCAAGGCCUUCCCAGCACUGACCAUGGACUCUGACAAGUCUCUCAUGACUGGAUCGAUGGUUCAGCUCAUGGCUGACAAGUCAUUCGAUGGCUCGAGUGCCAAGGACAUCCAUGCCGCCUUCAUUACCGUCACCGGCCCGGUUUGGGCGGAACUCAAAGACAACGGCGAUAACAAAUACUCGGUGACCAUUCCCAAGGGUGUUGCCGGCCAGUCCUAUGUUGUUCUCACCAAGGACAACACCAAGGCUACCGAUGACAACAUUGUGGCGGGCCCUGCUAUAGUCGAGAUUGGCCAAGAGCAGAAGAUGGGUGGAAUGGGGGAAAUGGAUGGUAUGUCAAGCAUGAGCAUGCCUAGCACGGCCAUGUCCACCUCGUCGAUGCCAUCGGGCUCUAUGACCUCUGGCUCUAUGACUUCUAGCUCUAUGAUGCCAUCCUCCUCCUUCAAUGGAGCCCCAGGGAAGAGAUCAGACAUGAUGACCAGUGUUUUGGGGGGUGUCUUCAUGGCCGCUGCUAUGCUGGUUUAA